UCUGUUCGAUGGUCGAAGAGUGUCAACGAAUAGCUCAAAGGCUUCCUCAAAAGGAUCAAGUUGGUUCACGUCCACCGGGAAGCGGGAAGGGAACUCCGCCACUGACUGGUUGACGAACAAAGGACAACUUCAAGAGGAGAGCUACCUCCAUGAGGUUCCCUGUGAUUUAAGAUUCAUAGCUUUCUUGGAUAUGGCGGGGAGGGCUAUGUCGCGCCUCUGUUAAGCUCUCUUCCAUUGUAUCAAAGAAAGAAAGCUCGAAGUCUGAACUGCUGUUGGUGAUUACAACGAACUGGAACUCAAAUUCAAGUCUUCAACCACAGGAACAAUCAACAAGUCCUGUUAUUAGACCUUUAAUAUAUUAAAUAAACCAUACAUAGUUACAUAAAAUUUCAGUUAUUUGUUUUUUAAUGUUAUCAUUAUUUAUGGAUAUGUCCAUAAUUUUUUAUUUUUAUUUUUUUAAAUUUGGGGCUUACACCUUGCCUCCCAUCCGCCUUUAGCCUUUUAGAACCUUGGUUCUAAGUGAAUGAUACUGUGAGAGGGAGAGAAAUCUACCAAAUUGAACAGGUGAAAAAAAUGGCGGGGAGAGUACUCUUCUCGUUGCAGAAUGGUGUCUGGUUAUUCUCUCCUUUAUCUUCUAUGAAUUCUAAAGGCAAACAUCUCAGAAAUCGGCUCCAUUUCCAUCGAAGUCCAUUUUCUUCGCCAUCAUCCAAGUCAGUAAUGUUUUGCAGUUGUAGAAGCCAUCUUCAGAGCCAGAGUGGUGGAGAAGAAUCCAUUACUAUUGAACCUUUCGUUCUCACCACCCCACUUUACUACGUAAACGCUCCUCCCCACAUGGGAAGCGCUUAUACCACCAUCGCUGCUGAUGCAAUUGCUCGAUUUCAGAGACUGUUGGGGAAGAAGGUUAUAUUUGUCACUGGCACGGAUGAACACGGUGAGAAAAUUGCUACUGCCGCCACUGCCUGUGGUGCCAGCCCAAGUGAACACUGUGAUACCAUUUCUCAUGCUUACAAGAUGCUUUGGAAGGAUCUAGACGUAUCUUAUGACAAGUUCAUUCGAACAACUGAUCCAAGUCAUGAAGCAAUUGUCAAGGAAUUUUACUCUAGAGUCCUCGGCAAUGGUGACAUUUACCGAGCUGAUUACGAGGGCCUUUAUUGUAUCAACUGUGAGGAGUAUAAGGAUGAGAAGGAACUACUUGAUAACAACUGUUGCCCAAUACACCUCAAACCUUGUGUUCAACGAAAGGAGGACAAUUAUUUUUUUGCUUUGUCAAAGUAUCAAAAGUCAUUGGAAGAGGUUUUGGCACACAACCCAGACUUCGUACAGCCUUCUUUUCGCUUGAAUGAGGUGCAAAGUUGGGUUAGAAGUGGUCUGAGAGAUUUCUCCAUUUCCCGGGCAUCUGUGGAUUGGGGCAUUCCUGUACCUAAUGAUAAUAAGCAGACUAUAUAUGUUUGGUUUGAUGCUUUACUGGGAUAUAUAUCAGCAUUAUCAGAGAACAAAGAAAAACCUACUUUACAAGGUGCAGUCUCUUCAGGUUGGCCUGCGUCACUCCACUUAAUUGGCAAGGACAUCCUACGGUUCCAUGCAGUUUACUGGCCAGCUAUGCUAAUGUCAGCUGGGCUAAGUAUUCCUAGGACGGUCUUUGGUCAUGGAUUUCUGACAAAGGAUGGCAUGAAGAUGGGGAAGUCACUUGGUAACACACUUGAUCCAAAGGAUUUGGUGAACAGAUUUGGAUCUGAUGCAGUAAGGUAUUUCUUCCUCAGGGAAGUGGAAUUUGGAAGUGAUGGAGACUACUCGGAGGAUCGUUUCAUCAAUAUUGUCAAUGCACAUCUUGCCAAUACAAUUGGAAAUCUUCUUAACCGUACACUUGGGCUUCUUAAGAAGAAUUGUCAGUCAACUUUGGCAGUUGAUUCAACUAUUGCUGCUGAAGGAAAUGCAUUCAAGGGCACUGUAGAGAAGUUGGUCGAGAAAGCAAGGAUUCACUAUGAAUCCCUUUCACUCUCAUCAGCUUGUGAAGCUGUACUAGAGAUUGGUAAUGCUGGGAACUUGUACAUGGAUGAUCAUGCACCGUGGUCUCUUUUCAAGAAAGGGGGUGCUGCUUCAGAAGCUGCUGUGAAGGAUCUUGUUACCAUAUUGGAAGCUAUGAGGAUCAUAGCCAUUGCAUUAUCUCCUAUUGCUCCAAGUUUAAGUUUAAGGAUAUAUGCACAGCUUGGCUAUUCAAAGGAUCAAUUUGAUGCUACAACCUGGAGUGAUACCAAAUGGGGUGGGCUGAAGCAGGGCCAGGUCAUGGCUCAGCCCAAGCCUGUCUUUGCAAGGAUCGAAAAUCUAGUGGAAGGGGAUAACAGAGAAGCAAGUGAAAGGCUAGUCAAAGAUAAAUCAAGGGUACCACAAACUCAGAGGUUUGCAGAAGCUUAGAUCUAUCUGGUUGCGGCUCAAUAAUGUCUAUCCACAUCAAUUAUAGUUUGAUUUAAUUAAUUAUUGGGUAGAAAAUAUAUAUUUGAAAUAUAUUUUCUUAGCAGGUAGAAAUUCUUUCUCGUCUCCUAACUCAAGUUUGUUUUGGGGAAUGGGGAUUUAUUUUGUAUCAGUUUGUAUAUGGCAUUAUGGAAGGAUUCAAGAGGUAUGAAUUUGAGAA